AUGUACAAUGCUGUUUUUGGUUUGAAGAGUGACGGUGACGGGAGUGAUGACAAGGUAGAUGGAGUUGUUCUGCUGCGAAACGAUGCCUCGGAAUUCACCCCUGCCGAACUUGAGGCAUUAUGCCGGCUAAGGCUGAGUGAUGAUCCGGCACCCAGUGCGAGCAGCAGCACCAUCGGCGGGUGUAGCGCUCACGCUGGCGCGGGCAAGAGUGGGAAGGGGAGGAGUACAAGAAGAAUAUUUUCCCUUUUGAGGGACGACCGUCAGUCUCGUUGCAGCUCCUUCAGGACUCUGCUUCUCCGUGAGGAGCUAGUGGGCGGCACUGACAGUAUGGCUGACGCAGUGCUCAGUACGUCUCAGCUGCACGUGGAGGGUCGUGAGCUGCGUGAUACUUCACUCGUGGAGUGUUUUCUGAAUCUAACACAUCUAUACAUACAACACAACCACAUCACGUCGCUCGAUGGUCUAUCCUUGCUGGUUCAACUCACCGUUCUUGUGCUGCACCAUAACGACGUGGUGUCUCUACGACCACUGGCAGAUCUCGGUGCAUUACGCUUUAUUGAUGCCCGUUUUAACUCCAUCUCAACGUUGGACCCGUCGGAGGAUCUUCCACGGGAUUCGUUGCGGUAUCUUUCACUUCUGUCCAACCCAUGCUGUCGUAGCGAGUCCGCGUUGACCGCGGAACGAGAUGCAUACAGACAGAGUAUUCUGGAAUGCUGCCCGCAUCUUGAGAUGCUUGACGAUCUACCGUGCCAAACACCUACACCCUCCAGUGACGAAGCUGAAGAUAAGAGUGUGGAAGAAGGUAAAACAGAAGAUGAGGAGGAGUUGUCUCCAGAAAGGGAAACAACGCCGACUCGGCCGAUAUCGUCCAAUGUUCAGGGGCGUCGUAGUUGUCUUCGCUCACGACUCAGUCAUAUGGUGAAGAUGGGUCGAACACCACUUCAGAAGUCACCGUUGCCGUCCUCCGAUUCGGGGAAUGCGACCGAAACGAACGAUUUUACAACGGCUGCUCGUUUGUGUCAACAAUUUGAGCAUCGCUCGGGGAGUGUACUAAGGCGGGCAUGUGAUUAUGCGUUUAAAAUACCGUGCUUAGCUCAAGCGGGUUGGGUUGGCGACGAUGUCGGGAACAAUGCUCACGAUGGUGAUGAGGGAGAUGAUUUGCUGCCGCUUCCGUUAGUGCAAGAAAGGGAGACAAAGUCACGGCUUUACGCUGACAUUCACUUUGCCUUGGAUAUGGGCAAUGUGCGGGCGCAGCAGGUGAUGGAAAAUGUAUGGGAAGAUGUGGACAAGGUGCUCCGCACGAGGCAGGCGCUUGUGAGUCAUCGCCGGGAGCGAAUGGAGUUGCAGCGACAACGGCCCUCUGACGCCUAUGCUGAAAGUCUAGCGUUGCUGCAGAAAGAACAGCACACGACGGAUUUGGAUAAAUACCGCAGCUGA